AUGAGCAGCCUCCCGGCGAGGGCAAACGAGAGCCCGUUUUAUGAUUACGCUCCCCAGAAACCAUUCUACCCUACCGAGACCAAAAUCAUCUCGACGCUUGCCCUUCUCGUCUUCGGAUAUUAUGUGGUCUCAUACUUCGACGCCUCUCCGUCCACCAUCAAACGGUCUCUCUACGAAUCAUUAAUCUACCUCAUCCCCUCACCCCUCCUCUACGUCAUGCAGUACGGCAUGCUUCGCCUUGGACGUCUUGGGCCCGAAGAAGCACAAUUCGCUAGAGCUCAAUUUGGAGACAUAUAUGCAAAGCAGGAGGCGAUUCAGAGGAUAUUCGGACAACCCCAGCUGCCGUUAGCACUGCGGAAGGUUAGGAGCCUUUCAGGGGUGGGCAAAUACAUUUCACUGAGCAACGAGGCGUGUCCGCCGGGUUUGGGAAACUGGGAUAACUCUUGCUAUCAAAAUAGUGUCCUUCAGGGCCUGGCUUCCUUGCCCGCGUUCUCCAAUUUCAUGGAGCGCAGUUUGGAAAAAUGUGAGAGGUACGGUAUCCCUUCAGAUACGCACAGGGCGCUGGUGUGCUUGCUAGAACAGCUCACGGAUUGGACCCCUCGGAAGGCUACUGUCUGGACCCCCAACGUUCUCAAGUCCAUGGAUAGCUGGCAGCAGCAAGAUGCGCAGGAGUACUUCUCUCGACUGCUUGAGACAGUCGAGAAGGAGGCGGGUUUGUAUAUCAAAGUCCUAACCCGUUCUUCUGUUCCUGGUCUAGAGUGUAUAAGGGCACAGUGGAUGCACAAUGCUCGGUCUGAAGAGGGCAUUCCUCCUCGACAUGGGUGGCCGUCCUCUUCCGAGGCUCCGAAAGAAUCAGGUCCACGUCUGUUGCAGUCCCAGCCACGAAAUCCUAUGGAUGGCAUGACUGCGCAGUGUCUUGAAUGCAGGACUUGCGGGUUCACGGAAGGCUUUUCGUUCAAUCAGUUCAACUGCCUAACCCUAAAUAUGGGCAUUCGGGGCCCUUCCGACCUAGAGGACCUUCUGAAUGAGUAUACGGCUCCAGAAGAGAUUGAGGGAGUCGAGUGUGAGAACUGUACGAAAUUGGCCCACAAUGGCGCCAAUGGCUCGUAUGAGGAGUCGGUCGAGGAGCCGGUGAAAAGGAAGCCAAUUUUGAGGACAAAGACGAAGCAGAUCACGGUGGGAAGAUUGCCCAAGGACCUGGUUCUCCAUAUCAAUCGAAGUAUCUUUGAUGGUUACGGGAAUCAACUCAAAAACAGGGCAUGCGUUGCCGUGCCUGCGAAGUUGCGCUUUCUCAGCAGGUGGUGCGCCCCGAUUGUCCGGAACAAUUCCUCUGUCGAAGCCGAAUAUGAACUUAAAUGCAUGGUGACGCAUUAUGGCCGGCACGACAAUGGCCACUAUGUCGCCCUGGGACAACGUGGCAAGGAGUGGUAUUCCUUCAAUGAUGACUUGGUGACCAAAAUCACCGAGGAAGAUGUCCUCCACACGGGGAAUGGGUUCAUGCUCUUUUAUGAGGCCAUACCCUUCCAGCAACAAGUGGAUGCUUCUAUGAGCAUGUCGGGUCUUAACCGGACGUCUCAGCACCACAUUUCAAACGUUGACACAGGUUCAACUAGCGAUCAAGUCGAGAAUAUGGCAGAAUGGUCGAGUGGAGAUUCAGGGAUAGAUCGGCAAGACUUGAUGUCUGCCGUUGCAUCAUCAACCGAGAGUCCAUCGGUGUCUGCUUCACCUUCAUCAUUGGAGUCGGAAUCGGCAGUCGAGAGUCCAGCCAAGCAACAGGAUAUCGAGGAGUUGUCGCUUCCAAGCAUGAGGACGGCCAGCCAAGUAGGCCACCAUCUGCAAGAACAGCGGCAACCUAGCACACCAAUAGUCCCUGUGCUGUGA